GCCUCCCGGGCCGUCCACCUGCGCGCCCCCCCCCCGCGCGCCCCUCCGCGGGCUCUGCGCCGGCGCGGUGUCCACCGGGGCGCGAGGGGCAGCGGCCAGGCGCAUGCGCGGUCCGGGGCCCGCCGUCGCUCUUCAGCCGCCGCCGCCGCCGCCGCCGCCGCCGCCGUUGCCGCCUCCUCCCUGCCGGCAAGUGCUUGAAAGAAGAGCUCCCGGGCCGCCGCCGCCGUUGCCGCCAUGGGGACAGAGAACUCAAGAAGGAAGAGGGAGACAGGGAGCAGCACCUGCAGCCCUGCUUCACAGCUUAUGGACUCCCCCUCCCCCGCAGAGGAAGUCGAGCAAAGCCAAGGAGAAGAAGCAGAAGCGGCUGGAGGAGCGAGCGGCCAUGGACGCCGUCUGUGCCAAAGUGGAAGCGGCCAACAGGCUCGAAGACCCCUUAGAGGCUUUCCCCGUGUUCAAGAAGUAUGAUCGAAACGGGCUGAACGUCUCCAUCGAGUGCAAGCGCGUGUCAGGGCUGGAGCCGGCCGCCUUGGACUGGGCCUUCGACCUGACCAAGACCAACAUGCGGUCCAUGUAUGAGCAGAGCGAGUGGGGCUGGAAGGACCGUGAGAAGCGGGAGGAGAUGACGGACGACCGGGCCUGGUACCUCAUCGCCUGGGAGGACGGCUCUGUCCCCGUCGCCUUCUCUCACUUCCGCUUCGACGUGGAGUGCGGGGACGAAGUCCUGUACUGCUACGAGGUGCAGCUGGAGAGCAGGGUGCGGCGGAAAGGCCUGGGCAAGUUCCUCAUCCAGAUCCUGCAGCUCGUGGCCAACAGCACACAGAUGAAGAAAGUGAUGCUGACGGUGUUUAAGCAUAACCAGGGGGCCUACCAGUUCUUCAGAGAAGCGCUUCAGUUUGAGGUGGACGACUCUUCCCCCAGCAUGUCGGGCUGCUGCGGCGAGGAGUGUUCCUACGAGAUCCUGAGCCGGAGGACCAAGUUUGGGGACAGCCAGCACUCCCACUCGGGCGGCCACUGUGGCAGCUGCUGCCACUGAGCUCCGGCCGCGGCCCUGCCUGAAAGCCUGCCCUUUGCCCCUCCCCCAGAGCCACGGCCUCCGAAGCCCCCCACGGGCACAGCGCCGCAGAGCGUGUCUCUGUCCCUGCAGCUCACAGCCCCCCCGCACCUGGACAGACAGAUGCCAUCUUUCAGAAAGCCCAGGUGUCCCAGGGCAGGGCUCCAGGGUACCGGCCACGGGGACCUCAGAGGCACAGAGACAGGCUGCCGAGAGGCCGCGGGGAGCGAGUAGGGUGCUCUGCAGGCACAGACUGCACCCCCAGACUAGCUAGCGCCGCCCCCCCCCCGGGGCCUCUGGACUUGGCUGCUUCUGAGCUGCGUCGAUGCUCAGCCUCUUGCUCUCAUGACAGUGACUGAGUUUUUAUUCCUAGAAAAGAAGCCACUGGCCACUUCAUCCCUGCCUCCGACACCUACCCAGAUACCUCUGCUCACUCGGGGGACAACGUCAGGGAGCCCCGCGCCUGGCACACUCGAUGCCGUCUUGGUGCUGACCCCUCCCUGCCUGUCCGACCACCUUCCCAGGCCUCUCGCCCUGGAGAGUCAGUCCUGGCUGGAGCUGGGCCUCGAGGUGGCCCCCCCCCGGGCAGUGGGGGGGGGGGUCUUCCUCUUCCUCAAAAGGACAGAAGGGUUGCCAGGUCACUGCAGACCCCUGACCAACUGCUAGGCCUUGUUCCCCCACAGGGAAGAAAACGACCAAAUCCUUACACAGGAGGGUGCCCCCCCUCCCUUGGGGCCUGCGAGGGCCUCGCCUUUGUGAAGUUGUUCAGAGGGUGACCCCAAGCCUUCCAACUGCUCACACCAUCCUCUGUGCUGACCCAGGUGGGGCGGGAAGGUCGUGCCCAGGGGGCACACUGCCCACUCAGCCGAGGUCCUGCCUUGCUACUGACCUCCUCGAGAGGGGGACCCCUCAGUGCCCCCUCCUGUAAGUUGCCAGUAGCCCCACCUAGAACCUUAGGGCAGCAGGACGCCCCGUCGAUGGAUGCAGGACAGUCUGUCAGUGCCGUCACCUUAAAUCAUGAAUUCUGAUACCUCCCUCCCCCAGGACUGAGAGGAGCCCCCAGUGUGAGUCUCGGGUGCAGGGACCCUAGUUCAUGUCUCUCUGGUCAGGGCAAGCCUGGCACCAGCCCACUGGGGGUCAGGGGGCUGCUGAGUGAUCCUGCCUAGGCCCCAGCUCCUGGCUGUCCACUCUGCACCCCCAGACCUUGGGUGUUGACGGCUUCAAUUCCCUGGGCUCUCCUGUGUUGGUUUUAUUUAGUUGUAUCCUCCCAUUUCAGGUUACUUUUGUUAAGCAGACCUGUAUAUGACUUGUAUAUGAUUCUUUUUAGCCUUUUCUGUUUUUUUUUUUUUUAAAGAGGAGACUGAAAAUAAACUUCAUGAUAUAUUUUUUCUUUAGCAACUUGUUUUCACUGGAAUCAAAGGGGAAAGUGAUUUUGGGUUGUAUUUGUAUGUCACAAAUAAAGAUAAUUUUGUUCA